AGUCGCCCCACGGUGCAGUAUGUGUCCACUCUGUGUGAGCUGUCCCAGGCCCUCCAGCCCUACUACACCCAGGGCUACAUCCUCACCACCCUGCAUCCCAUCAUUCUCUCUGUUGGACGCACGCGUUCCCUGCCCUUCAGCCUGCUCUACCGAGCCAUCCUGGCCCGCCCACGACCCAGGUACCAGACACACUAGCAUGCAUGCCUGGAGGCACGUACACAUACACACAGACAGCCACUCCCGGUAGAAUUGCCCCGAUCUAGAACCAGUUUGAACCAUUAGGGAGGUAAAACACAAAACUUAACUUAGAUCUGUGCCUAGGCCAGGGGCCGUCACAACAACCCAUAACCCCCCCACCAUCCCUUAAUCUGAGUCAGCUUUGGAACAAGCCACCCAGCCUUAACCCAUCCAACCUGGUAAAUAGAUUAAUGAUAGAUGAUGUAGCUGCAUAUUUAAUGCAACUUCAGUGGAAGGUCAGACUGCUAGUUAAGGGGGAGGGGUUAGGGGGAGACUCCUGGAGAGUAUGUUUUGUGGGGCUCUCAGCUGCAGGGGUUGCCAUUGGGUAGAAAUGUACCCUGACAACAACAGCUCUCUCAGGGCCAAUAGGGUCGCAGAAUCUCACACAUGGUGCCUCCUGUGUUAUUGUCAAACCUGUAAUAUUAAACAUUAUUAAUAUUAUUAAAAUGUAAGGGUCUUUUAUUUGAAUAUACAUAUACUACAGUAUAUAUACACUACCUAUUUAGUAUGGUUUUUUAUCCUUUAUGUUUAGAAAGUAGUAGCCAUCUCAUGCAUGGCAAAUUAAUGAUUUAUGAGUUCUGUCUGCAAACACUGACAAAAACAAAUCAAGUAUGAACUCUCCGGCUGGACAGGGCUCAGUAGCAUGAGACCAUUUACCAAGCUAAUGCAUACAGAUUAGACAUGGCUUUACAGUCUCAGAGUAGCUGACAGUCAAAACACAUAAAUUAUGAAUGAAUGACCUGUAUGCAGUUUGUGAUUACCAGUUUGAACCGGCAAUAUAAUGACUGUGAACGUCUGUGUCUCUGUUCUGUUCUCUCCUUCUGUUUUCUUCUGUUCUCUCCUCUCCUCUCUCUGUCUCCUAGUAAGCAGGUGGUGUCCAUGUGUCACAGUGUUCCUGUGCUGAGGGUUGAGGAGUGGCCUAUCCCAGGGGAGUCCCUGACGGGGGACACUGUUAGAGCACUCAUCGACAGGGUGAACAGUAGUGCCCGGGGGGGAGUGAGGUUUGUGGGCUCAGUGCUCCAGCAGGCUGGAGGAGGGGGCAGUAACAGCAGGGUGCCUAGCCCCAGGAGAGGCUAUCGAUCCCCUCCACGCACCCCUCCAGGUACCCCUCCUGGAGAAGGAGAACUGGAGGAUCACAGCCCUACCUACAGCCCUGGUGAGAUACUAGUUUUCUUGUCUCUUUUCGUCCCGUGUCUCGUCUUCUCUUCUCCUGCCUUCUCUUCUCUUCUCCUGCCUUCUCUUCUCUUCUCCUGCCUUCUCUUCUGUUCUCCUGUCUUCUCUUCUCCUGCCUUCUCUUCUCUUCUCCUGCCUUCUCUUCUCUUCUCCUGCCUUCUCUUCUCUUCUCCUGCCUUCUCUUCUCUUCUCCUGCCUUCUCUUCUCUUCUCCUGCCUCCUCUUCUCUUCUCCUGCCUCCUCUUCUCUUCUCCUGCCUUCUCUUCUCUUCUCCUGCCUUCUCUUCUCUUCUCCUGCCUUCUCUUCUGUUCUUUUCUUUUCUUUUCUUGCCUCAGCUCCCAGGCUUCCAUUUUCUCACGACUUGGAAGGAUGGCAACGCGAGACUACUUCUCUUCUCUCCUCUCUUCUUCUCAUCUGUCUCCUCACCUUAACAAUGUUGACAUGUGGGCUAUAUCUGCUAUCUCCUCUUAACGUCACACAACCUCAAAAUGCUGAACACAUCCCAGCCACACUGUGGAGUCCUGGAUAUGUUUCUCCCUUUAACACUCUACUCAUCCCCCUCUCCCCCAGUCUGUCAGUGUAGUUCAGUUGAACUCUGUGUUGUGUGGAUGACACUGACUGAUGGCCCUGGGGUAGGAGAGGCCUCUGCACAUCAGUCAGGUAACCCUCAUCCACCAAGCUGGGCACAACUCCUCACCACAGAGACAACCAUACAGACUGACACGUCCUUGUCCUAAGUAGAGCGAGUUGAGUUCACAUAACCUCAUAGACUGCCAAUGUCUGUUGUCUCUGUGCCUUUGUUCUUGUUCUCCUCCGUGAUGGCUUGAACUGGCAGAUUCAUCUGACUCUCUACCACCUCUUCCCCUCUCCCUCCCUCCUCCCCCUCUCCUUCCCUCCCUCUUCCCCCUCCUUCCCUCCCUCUUCCCCCUCCUUCCCUCCCUCUUCCCCCUCCUUCCCUUUCUCCCUCUUCCCCCUCCUUCCCUCUCUCCCUCUUCCCCCUCCUUCCCUCUCUCCCUCCCUCCCUCCCUCUCUCCUUCCCCCUCCCUCUCUCCUUCCCCCUCCCUCCCUCCCUCUCUCCUUCCCCCCCUCCCUCUCUCCUUCCCCCCUCCCUCUCUCCUUCCCCCCUCCCUCCCUCCCUCCUUCCCCCUCCCUCCCUCCCUCCCUCUCUCCUCCCCUUCCCUCCCUCCCUCCCAUCCUUCCCCCCUCCCUCCCUCCCUCCUUCCCCCCUCCCUCCCUCCCUCUCUCCUUCCCCCUCCCUCUCUCCUUCUCCCGCUCCCUCUCUCCUUCCCCCUCCCUCCCUCCCUCCCUCCUCUCCUUACCCCUCCUCCCUCCCUCUCCCUCCCUCCCUCUCUCCUUCCCCUCCCCUCCUCCCUCCCUCCUCGCUCCUUCCCCUCCCUCCCUCCCUCCCUCUCUCCUUCUCCUCCUUCCCCUCCCUCUCUACCUUCCACCUUCCUCCAUCCCUCUUUCCCCCUCCCUCCCUCCCUCUCCUUCCUCCCCUCUCUCCCUCUCUCUCUCUCCCCCCCCCUCCUCCUCUCCCCCCCUCCCCCCCCUCCCCUCCUCCCCCCCCCUCCUCCCCCCUCUCUCCUCCCCCCUCCCCCCUCCCCCUUUCCCUCCCUCUCCCCCCCUCCCCCCCCCCCUCCUCCCUCCUCCCCCCCCCUCCCUCCCUCUCUCUCCCCCCCUCCCCCUCUCCUCCCCCCCCUCUCUCCCCCCCCCCCCCUCUCCUCCUCCCCCCCCCCCUCCCCUUUCCCUCCCCCCUCCCCCCUCCCUCCCUCCUCCCCUCUCCCCCCUCUCCCCCUCCCUUCUCCCCCCUUCCCCCUUUUCCCCUCCCCCCCCCCUCUCUCUCCCCCCCUCCUCCUCCCCCCCCUUCCUCCUCUCCUCCCCUCCCUCUCUCCCCCCUCCCCCCUCUCUCCCCCUCUCUCUCCCUCUCUCCCCCCUCUCUCCCCCCUCCCUCCCCCCCUCCCCCUCCCCCCCCUCCUCCCCCCCCUCUCUCCCCCCCCUUCCCCCCCCUUUCCCUCCCCUCUCUCCCCCCUCUCCCUCUUUUCCCCCCCUCUCUCCCCCUCCCUCCCUCCUCCUCCUCCUCCCUCCCCCUCUCUCUCCCCCCCCCUCCCCCUCUUCUCCUCCCUCCCCCCCCCUCCCCCCUCCCCCUCUCUCUCUCCCCCCCCGUCUCUCCCCUCUCCCCCCCCUCUCUUCUCUCUCCCCCCCUCCCCCUCUCUCCCCUCUCUCCUCCCCCCUCUCUCCCCCUCUUCCCCCCCUCCCCCUCUCCCCCUCCUCCACCUCUCUUCCCCUCCUCCUCCUUCCCCCUCUCUCCCUCUUUUCCCCUCCUCCCCCUCCCUUCCCUCUUCUCUUUCCCCUCCCUUUCCUUCCCUCUCUCUCUUCCCCUCUUUUCCCCCUUCCCCUUUCCCUCUCCCCCUCCCCCCCCCGCCUUCUUCCCCCUCCCCUCCCUCCCUUCCCCCCCCCCCCCUCCCUCCCUAUCUCCCUCCCUCCCGUCCUCUUCCCCCUCCUCCCCCCCCCUCCCCCCCUCCCCCCCUACCCCCCCCUCCUUCCCUCUACCCCUCCUCCCUCCCCCCUCCCUCCUUCCCCCUCCUCCCUCUCUUCCCAUCCCUCCCUCUCCCUCCCUCUCUCUCCUCUCUCUCCUUCCCUCUCCCUCCCUCCCCCCUCCUUCCCUCUCUCUUCCCCCUCCCUUCCCCUUCCUCCUUCCCUCUUCCCUCCCUCUUCCCCAUCUCCUACCCCUCUCCCUCCCUCCCUCUCACCCUCCUUCCCCCCCUCCCUCCCCCCUCUUUCCCCCUCCCUCCCUCCCCCCUCUUCCCCCUCCCUCCCUCUUCCCCCCUCCCUCCCUCCCCCCUCUUCCCCCCUCCCUCCCUCUCUCCCUACCUCCCUCCCUCUUCCCCCUACCGUCCCCCUCCCUCCUCCUCUUCCCUCUCCCUCCCUCCCUCCCUCUUCCCCCUCCCUCCCUCCCCUCCCCCUUUCCCCUUUCCCUCCCCCCUCUCCCUCCCCCCCCCCUCCCCCCUCCAUCUCUCUCUCGCAGACCUGAGGUUGCUGGUGUUCUUUCACUCAUGGGCACCAGGCUGUGCUCCGCUGGACGCUCUGUCAUGUCAGUACCACCAGGGGGCGCUGUCCAUGCGCGUGUCCAGGAAGGGUCAGGUGGUCAGCGCGCUGGAGGCCGAUUGGCUGGAGCUGACCGCAGCCUACUACCGCAAAGGCUGGUCAUUGGUGGACUCGUUUGUGUACUGGGACACACCCAAAGGUAUUGUCAAAUACUUGAAAAUCACGGAGUGUUUAUCCAGCGUUAGGGGUACCGUACUCUUUGUCUCUGCUGAUAACUUGGGGGCCCAUUCACUUGCUGGUUUUCUGGAAUCCUUUAAUGUCGACAAAUUUUGUAGAUUUUGUUUGGUCAGCCGUAAGGAUAUUCAGACAACUGAAUUAAGAAGUGGGUCAGUCCCGCUUAGGACAAAAUUGUCCCACGAAGCCAAUGUUUUGGAGCUUAAAGAAAAUAAAACUAUACUGUGUGUAGAUGGUGUAAAAAGGGACUGUGUUUUAAACAGGUUGAGCUACUUUCACUCAACUACAGGGUUCCCACCUGACUUUCUUCACAACCUUUUAGAGGGAAUUGUGCCUGUCCAACUUAGUUUGUGUCUGGGCAAGUUGAUUUCUAAUAAAUACUUCACAUUAGACAAGUUAAAUAGUACAAUUCAACACUUCCCAUACUCAUUCUCAGAUAAGACUAACCGACCCCAAAGAGUAACUCAGACUUUUUGAGUUAAUGGAACAGUUGGUGGAAACGGACAUGAGAAUUGGACUCUUUUAAGGCUGUUGCCCUUGAUGAUUGGUGAACUAGUCCCAGAUAAUAACAACACGUGGAGAGUACUUCUUAAGUUGAAAUAUAUUGUAGAACUUUUGUCCUCGUCUGUGUACACAACUGAGUCGCUGUGCUAUUUGGAAUAUAAAAUCUCAGUCCAUAGGCAGUUGCUGCAGGAUGUGUUUCCUGAUUUUCGUUUAAGACAAAAACAUCAUUUUUUGGAACAUUAUCCUUACCUCAUCCGUUGCUUUGGACCUUUGGUUGACUGUUGGACUAUCCGUUUUGAAGCUAAGCAUAGUUUUUUCAAAAAGGUUGUCCGUGAUGCGAACAAUUAUGAAAAACAUUUUGCUCACAUUAGCCACAAGACACCAACUCAUGCUGGCUUACUUCUUGGACAUGCCCAGCCUUUUUAAGCCCCCUUUGGAAGUUGUGAAUGUGUCUCUCGUUUCUCCAGACAUUUUGGAUAAGACAAUUAAACAAGCUAUUAAGUUAAAAUAUAAAGAUGUGGAAUCUGUAUCUCUUGCUUCCAGUGUUUCUAUACAUGGCACAAAGUACACUGAGGGCAUGUUUGUGUCUAUUGGUAAGACAAGUGGACUCCUUGACUUUGGCAAAAUUGUGAAAGUUCUAAUUGUAGCAGAAACGGCAUCCUUCAUUGUUGAACCGUAUUUCACCUGGUACCUGGAACACCUCAGGUGCUAUGAACUCACCAAGAAGCCUUCCAAAUAACUCUUUGUAGCAGAACAACUAAACUGCUACUCCCCGCUCUCAUCCUACCUUUUACAAGGAAGACUUCUGGUUUCACCCAAGAGCUUUCUACUCCACUGAGGGUUUUGUUAAGAAAAUGUAUUUUAUGUUUGCCUUGUUAGUGAGAAGGUGAUGAAGCGUACUUCAUGAGCUGUAACCGAAAAACAACUGGCAUUUGGAAAGUUUGAGGUGAGGGAGCAAGUGUGGUGGAACAAGAAUUGUUAGCAUUGUUAAGUAUCUUGCUAGCUGGAUCGAAUUCUCCGUUAGCUAGUUAACUAGCUAACGAACUAACUACUAUCUAUGAACUAAUGUUUUCCCUCUACAGUAUGUGGUUAAUUUACAGAAUGAGAGAAUAGGUGAAAAUGAGGCAUUGCUUGUUAAACAAGUGGAUUCAGGGAUGAAGUGUAGCUGGAGCUGGGCCUGGCUUAAGCUGAAUGCCACUAUAGAGGUGAAAGGAACACCACACACCUCUUUCUCACUUUAUCAAUAUGGUGGAUAAAAAGGGGUAUGCCAUGUGUACUCUCUGCCUGAAAGAGAUCAAUUUGCCAACAAAGGGUCUCAUGCUCUGCUGCUGGCACAUUGUAGAACAGAUGUCCACAGGCAGAAAGUGUACAAUGUAAUAACGUGCAGUGUAGCCCAAAGCUAUUGCUUUUGUUGUGUUGAACUUGACAUACAGUUGUGUGUGAGUGAGGGGGGAUUAUUUGUUGUUUUUACUCAGUGAACAUUAUUUUUGCACACAUACAGUGGGGAGAACAAGUAUUUGAUACAGUGCCGAUUUUGCAGGUUUUCCUACUUACAAAGCAUGUAGAGGUCUGUAAUUUUUAUCAUAGGUACACUUCAACUGUGAGAGACGGAAUCUAAAACAAAAAUCCAGAAAAUCACAUUGUAUGAUUUUUAAGUAAUUAAUUUGCAUUUUAUUGCAUGACAUAAGUAUUUGAUCACCUACCAACCAGUAAGAAUUCAGGCUCUCACAGACCUGUUAGUUUUUCUUUAAGAAGCCCUCCUCUUCUCCACUCAUUACCUGUAUUAACUGCACCUGUUUGAACUCGUUACCUGUGUAAAAUACACCUGUCCACACACUCAAUCAAACAGACUCCAACCUCUCCACAAUGGCCAAGACCAGAGAGCUGUGUAAGGACAUCAGGGAUAAAAUUGUAGACCUGCACAAGGCUGGGAUGGGCUACAGGACAAUAGGCAAGCAGCUUGGUGAGAAGGCAACAACUGUUGGCACAAUUAUUAGAAAAUGGAAGAAGUUCAAGAUGACGAUCAAUCAUCCUCGGUCUGGGGCUCCAUGCAAGAUCUCACCUCGUGGGGCAUCAAUGAUCAUGAGGAAGGUGAGGGAUCAGCCCAGAACUACACGGCAGGACCUGGUCAAUGACCUGAAGAGAGCUGGGACCACAGUCUCAAAGAAAACCAUUAGUAACACACUACGCCGUCAUGGAUUAAAAUCCUGCAGUGCACGCAAGGUCCCCCUGCUCAAGCCAGCGCAUGUUCAGGCCCGUCUGAAGUUUGCCAAUGACGAUCUGGAUGAUCCAGAUGAGGAAUGGGAGAAGGUCAUGUGGUCUGAUGAGACAAAAAUAGAGCUUGUUGGUCUAAACUCCACUCUCCGUGUUUGGAGGAAGAAGAAGGAUGAGUACAACCCCAAUAACACCAUCCCAACCGUGAAGCAUGGAGGUGGAAACAUCAUUCUUUGGGGAUGUUUUUCUGCAAAGGGGACAGGACGACUGCACCGUAUUGAGGGGAGGAUGGAUGGGGCCAUGUAUCGCGAGAUCUUAGCUAACAACCUCCUUCCCUCAGUAAGAGCAUUGAAGAUGGGUCUUGGCUGGGUCUUCCAGCAUGACAACGACCCGAAACACACAGCCAGGGCAACUAAGGAGUGGCUACAUAAGAAGCAUCUCAAGGUCCUGGAGUGGCCUAGCCAGUCUCCAGACCUGAACCCAAUAGAAAAUCUUUGGAGGGAGCUGAAAGUCUGUAUUGCCCAGCGACAGCCCCGAAACCUGAAGGAUCUGGAGAAGGUCUGUAUGGAGGAGUGGGCCAAAAUCCCUGCUGCAGUGUGUGCAAACCUGGUCAAGACCUACAGGAAACGUAUGAUCUCUGUAAUUGCAAACGAAGGUUUCUGUACCAAAUAUGUACCAAGAAAGUUCUGCUUUUCUGAUGUAUCAAAUACUUAUGUCAUGCAAUAAAAUGCAAAUUAAUUACUUUAAAAUCAUACAAUGUGAUUUUCUGGAUUUUUUGUUUUAGAUUCCGUCUCUCUUUGUUGAAGUGUACCUAUGAUAAAAAUUACAGACCUCUACAUGCUUUGUAAGUAGGAAAACCUGCAAAAUCGGCAGUGUAUCAAAUACUUGUUCUCCCCACUGUAUAGCCUUGUGCACUUGAUCGAUGUCUACUAUAGUGGCCACUAUAAUCGUAGCCACUAUAAUAGAGAAAAAAUAGAAUGCCUGUUUGUUUCAUUCUAUUUCUACUAUAAGAUGUUUUUUUUUCCCAAGUGCAAUAUUUAGAUAUGUGUGGUCUCAAGCGUUAUAUUAUAAAGGCUGUCAUAACUGCAAUAUCAAUGUAUUGUUUUUUUCUCUGGACUUCAGUGUCAUUUGUAGUAAAGUCUAGGCAACAAAUAACAUUGGAUUGCUUUUCUUACAUUUAUUUUAUGUGUGUUAGGUUCACAUUAACUUCUUUGUUGUUUAAUGAGUUAAAACCUGCAUUUCAAGAAGGGAUCCAGCCUAAGUCACUAGAAAUUAGCAUUUUAAAGCUGAUAUUUAUUUGUAUUUUUUAUCCCCCCUAGCAGGGAUUUUUUUUGAAUGUUUCAGUACAAAAACAAAAGUGUCACCUUUUUGGGCCCUCACCAGUUUGCAUCCCUGGCGUAGGCACAGGUCUCAUGACACAGCCAAGAAAGUAAAGAGGCACAAGCAACAACUCAGAGGGCCUUACAUAUGGGGCAGGCAUAGCUGAUUUAAUGUUCUGCACAUUUCAACAGCCAUACAAAAUCCUUGUAUGUGACAAAUUGAGCAAAGUGAUAUGAAAAUUUGCCCAAAACUGCAUAUUUGCCCAACAUACCAGUAUUCAAAGCAUAUACUCUAUUGCUUGAACAAAAUGUAUUAAACAUGCUAAUGUAUUUGUAUCCUGUAGCUCAGUUGGUAGAGCAUGGCGCCAGGGUUGUGGGUUCGAUUCCCACAGGGGGCCAGUAUGAAAUAUGUAUGCACUAACUGUAAGUCGCUCUGGAUAAGAGCGUCUGCUAAAUGACUAAAAUGUAAAUGUAAAUACUAAGAUAUAGAGAGACUUAAGGUGGAUGUAAGAUUCAUACUGUAUAACAGCCACACCAGGCUUAAAAAGCGAUAACAACAUACAUGCUGUGACAUCUUGCUUUGGAGUUGUAAGGUCUCCAGCAAAGAGCAUUAGUGUAAUGAUAGGCCAACAUCUUGUGACACUUGUGACCUCUCUUCUCCGGAAGAGAGGACGGGAUUAAAUAUAUAUACAAAUAAUAAUAUAUGCCAUUUAGCAGACGCUUUUAUCCAAAGCGACUUACAGUCAUGCGUUUAACAUAUGGGUGGUCCAGGGAAUCGAACCAACUAUCCUGGCAAUGCAAGCAACAUGCUCUAUCAACUGAGCUACAGAGGACCAGAAAGUAGAAAGAGAUUAAGAACACUUUGUCCUCAUCCAUCUCUCUCUCUCGCAAAUCCACAUGUUCCUCAAUCAUCCAUCUCUCUCAUUCUGUUACUUUAUCAAUUUUUGUGUUUUCUCAAAUAUCUGUUCUUGUUAUGUUUUGUCUCCCCUCCCACUACAUCCCCCGGAUGAGUCACUUCCUGUCUCCCAGUCCCUCCUCUCUCCCUCCUCCUCCUCUCUCCCUCUUCCUCCUCCUCCUCCUCCUCUCCCUUCUUCCUCCUAUCUCCCUCCUUCUCCCCCUCCUCUCCCUCUUGCUCCUCCUCCUCCUCCCCCCCCCCCCCCCCCCCCCCCCCCUUUUUCCCUCUUUCCCUCCUCCUACCUUCCUCCUCCUCCCUUAUCUCCCACUGUGGCUAUAUUUGGAACUCUAUUCCCAACCUCCCGACCUGGCUUCCUGUUGCGCUAUAGACUGGCAGCAGCCGAGAAAAUCCACAUCAUUUGUAGACAUCUGGGGCCUGGGAAUAUAGCACACUGGGGUCUCUCUCUGUCGCUCUCUCACACACACAGGCAAAUUCUCGUGCGCACGCAUGUGCAGAUAUGAACACGGCCUACUUCUCCAUGUCUGUAACUAGUUCAUUGUCAUUCCAAUGUCAUACUUUCUGUACUAACUAGAAUUCACUGCCACAUGUAGAGCACUGUAAAGGGAUCUGCUGAUGAACGUCUGUCCACCGAUUGCAUUUGUGUAACUCAUAGCGUAUGAGUGUAUGUUUUCUGGUAGAUAUGCAUUAUAUGUUGAUACUGUAGUAUGCUGACUGAUUGUCUGUUUGUGUUGUCUCAGGUGAGCCCGUGCCCAGGUCUCUAGAGGGUCUGUUUGUCUAUGAGGAGAGAAGCACUGCCCCUCCUGCCAACGACACCAUCGUAGUGGAGCAGUGGACUGUCAUCGAGGUCAGAGAGCCGUGUGUGUGUUACGUCUUACCUGUGUGUGUGUGUGUGUGGUUCAGCCAGUGAGGACAGGUGAAUGUGUUGCAGUAGGUAGAUAUUCUCUGGCGAAGAUCCUGUUGGGAGAGAGAGAGAUUAGCAUUACAGUUACGUCUUUGGGUGUGUCCAAGUAAAACAGAGCUCAAACAACUAGUGGUGGUGAAGGACAUUCACUUGUGAGUAACAUAAUGUGUUCCAGGAGUGUGUUUGUGUGCCAACAACCCUAAUCAUAAUACCACAGCUAGCACUGCAUCGCAGUGCUAGCUGUGCCACUAGAUAUCCUGGUUCGAAUCCAGGCUCUGUCGUAGCCGGCCACGACCGGGAGACCCAUGGGGCGGCGCGCAAUUGGCCCAGCGUCGUCCAGGGUAGGGGAGGGAAUGGCCGGCAGGGAUGUAGCUCAGUUGGUAGAGCAUGGCGUUUGCAACGCCAGGGUUGUGGGUUCGAUUCCCACGGGGGGCCAGUAUGAUUUUUUAUUUUUUUAUAAUGUAUGCACUCACUAACUGUAAGUCGCUCUGGAUAAGAGCUCAAAUGUAAAUGUAAUAAACAAGUGUAGAAAACACGCAACAAUUACCUCUAUCCAGCGUGUGACAUCAUUGCUGUGCUGUAUAGGGUUCUGAUGUGAAGACCGAUUACGGGCCACUCCUUCACACACUGGCUGAGUUUGGCUGGCUGCUCACCUGUGUCCUGCCCACACCUAUCAUCCGCCAUGACAGGUAACACACAUAAUUGUUGUUUUGCUUGAUGGUCCUUCUCGGAACAAACUCGUCCAUUUUGUAGUUCGGGUCAUCAUGCCUUCUAUGAGGAUUUUCCUUUAUAAUAUAUUGUGUGUGUUUCUCCAGUGAUGGUAAUCUGGCCACCAAGCAGGUGGUGUUCCUACAGAGACCAGUCAAGACCUCUUCAGUACCACAGAGGAACCAGGUAAGGGCUUGGCUUCAGUUAGCACAAAAUACUACAACAGGAAAGUUGCUAUUUAUGUGACAAUACUGCCCCCUGUGGGUUUUGUUAUAAGAUAAAGGGGAGUGGAAAAUGAAAUCAAAGUGAGAUUUAGCAUUAUCAUACUAAUCAAUUAAUUGAAUUACAUUGCUACACUAUCAAUUACACACAUCUGUGCUGCAUUCAAUAUUAUAUUAGUUGCUUUAAUUAGAUAUUCAGGCAGGAUUUUGAUGACAUCCCUGACUAUCUGCACAACAUUUGGUGUUAUUGCAUAGAACAUUAAAAUCACAGCAGAGACAUGGUAGACAUGAUAGCAGUGUACAUUUUAGUCAACAAUAAAAACGACCAACAUACUCAAUCAAAAAACCUAUUUUUCCUGUCUAGAAAUAUGAUGAUAACGAGACGCCCUGGAAAAAACGAUAACUCUUACAAAUUACUUUUAAUUUUAGUCUACAAAAAUGUGAUGAGAUGGAAUUUCCAUGUGAGACAUUUAAUUUGACAUGAAGCUCAUUUUCAUCUGUUUUGAAUGGAGGCCCAUUUCCGCCACUCAGAAAUAUUGAUACUAUCUCAAUUUCGACAUACUAACUCGAAAUGUCGAGAUAGUAGAACAUACAUUUAGGAUAUUCUUUUCAUUUGUAGCAUUAUGUGGCGAUUUCCAUCUAUCCAUGUUGCAGAGAUGAGCACAGCAGCGCCGCCGGCAAACGUGUGGCGAGCUGGCAUAUGCCCCAUCACUUUUAAUUUGGCUUGAUAAAAAAUAUUGACACGAAAGCGUUGAAAAUAGGGACAAAGUACUGUUGUUUAGACUGAUCUGCCUCAUGAUUUGUCAACUCGUGCACAAUUAAUCGGUGCUUCAGUCUGAUCAGCUGUAGCCUACUUAUAAUCACAGCUGCAGGUAGCCUAGAGAAGCCUAUGCACUCUGAGACCCUCUGGCCAGGGGAAUCGAAGCAGUAACGUCAUGUAUUUAUAGCCUAAAUUAUGUACAGUAUUUAUAGCCUAAAAUAGCCCUAUUUAUUUGUGUUAAGAGAAAAUGUGAAUGUGAUCAAAUUUGGUUUAUAUUCAAACUUCGGGUGGCUAGGCUACCUAGACCUUAUCAUUCCAGAAUUAUUGACUGGAAUUAAUCAAUCAACACAAUAGUGAUGACAUACUGUGUGAGUAACUUUUUAAAUACAAAUGCAAAGGCCUACACGAUGCAACCCUGCAUUAAGCAAACUCAGCCCUGUUAGUUCUAUUGUCCAAUCGCAGUUGUUGUCUAUUUAUUUAUUUUUUAACCAUAUGACCUGAUUAGAAAAGAUCUGGUCCCAUCAUAGCCCAUAUAAAAAACGUUUUAUAGCUGAUUUAUUACUAUGUCAUACCCUCCAACUAGGGUCCGGGGUUUUACCUGGUUAGGUUAGUCCAGUGGUUCUCAAACCUCUCCUCGGGGAUCCCCAGACGUUUCACAAUUUUGUUUUAUGCCAGAACAAGUUCACCUAAUCAAGGGCUUGAUGAUUAGUUGACAAGUUGAAUCAGGUAUGCUAGUUCUGGAAUAGAUGAAUUACAUGAACCGGCUGGGGGUCCAUUAGGACAGGUUUGAGAACCACUGGACUGUGGUGCCACCGCUGAAAUAAUUUUGAGAUAGCAUUGGCCUAUUUAUUUCUUUAUUUUAAAUUCGUGGCGGGAAUGUGCUUCCAUUGUUUUGUCCAAUCCUAAACAUACAUGCAUGAAUGCAAAAUAUUUCAUGCAAUCCUCUCAUUGGCAGAAUUGACAUCUUUCAGUUGCCCGGUCUGAUUGAGCUCAUCUACCUGGCUCUCCCACACAGCUUCCAGGCGGUCACUUGAGUCACAUUCGUCAAUCUUUUGAACUUGCAAAGCCAGGACACUUGACUUGUAACCAACCUCCACUAGAAACAAUAAUGUUUACUCUCUUUCUUACUUUCAUGUAGGCUUUUUUUUUUAUUUGAUCACAUCAGAAGCUCUAUUUUCCCAUGUGCGCUGUUAUUCAUUUAUCUGUGUUGCCGCUCUCGCGCUGCGGUCUGCAAAUGCUAGUUGUGGUUGCAUUUUUCCUAUGGGAAAAACGAAUGGUAUUUGUUGAAUAUUAGGAGGACAGUAAUAAUUCUGGCCUUUUUGGAAAGCUAAAAUUCUCCCCUUUUCAAGGAAACCGCUGUUGUUUUCCCACUUGACUGUUAUGAUGUGGAGAAAAUCAGAGCUGUACAUUGUUUAACCUGUAGCCAAGGCAUUAUAGCCUAUAUGGUUAAUUAUGUUACAAUCUGCCACAAUAUCAAUGUUGCCAGCUAAGGUAUACAAGGGGAUAGUAGGCCUAGUUGGAUAAGGCUAUCUGAACGUGCACAUGAUGGAAGAUAGAGGUAGCCUAAAUAUUCAUUUUUUAAUAGAAAAAAAUGCACUGACUAUUAUGUGACAAAUUGUCCAGUCUGUCGACUGAUAACUAAAACUAAUGAAGGAUGAAAUGACUAAAAUGUGACUGACUAAAAAGUAUUUAAAGAAUAAAACUACAUCUAAAAUAGCUUCCAAAGUUAACACUGCAUGGUAGACUCUUCCUCUCUGAUCCUCACCUCUUUGUCCUCUCCCAGGCGGGGUCCAUGCAGAGGGACGUGACCACUCGUUCUGUGAGUCGUGGUGUGGGCGGCCCCCGAACACCCCCCACUGAGGAGCUGUCCCCCACUGCGGGGGGUAUUGGGGGGUUCCCCGUCUUCGGAGGGGGGUACCCCAGCGCCCUGUCCCACCUGGAGGAGGGGGGCUUCGAGCAGGACGACGGGGCGGCAGAGGUCACAUGCAUGUGAACCCUGAAAUUAACACACAGAUGAUAUACAUCCCCCAUCUAUCCCUCUAAUCUCUUCCCUAACCAAGAAGAUCAUAGAUUAGAAAGCAAAACUUGGCACUUUUUAUCAUGUUUUUUUAUCAUGAAGCCAUACGUACCAUUUUGAGAUGGUGUUAUUUCCAUUUUUAAACAUUUUGUUGGGAAAAGCAAGCAGUCUGCAUUCACUGACAUUGAGACACUUUUACUCAUACCCACAUUCUUCCACACAUACACUCAGUCCUGAUUCAAAAAGAUCACAUCGUUCACUCUGCACCUUUUCAUAUGAUGAGAACACAGACACCCACAUUCACACAUACAGUGGGGGAAAAAAGUAUUUAGUCAGCCACCAAUUGUGCAAGUUCUCCCACUUAAAAAGAUGAGAGAGGCCUGUAAUUUUCAUCAUAGGUACACGUCAACUAUGACAGACAAAAUGAGAUUUUUUUUUCAGAAAAUCACAUUGUCGGAUUUUUAAUGAAUUUAUUUGUUAAUUAUGGUGGAAAAUAAGUAUUUGGUCAAUAACAAAAGUUUCUCAAUACUUUGUUAUAUACCCUUUGUUGGCAAUGACACAGGUCAAACGUUUUCUGUAAGUCUUCACAAGGUUUUCACACACUGUUGCUGGUAUUUUGGCCCAUUCCUCCAUGCAGAUCUCCUCUAGAGCAGUGAUGUUUUGGGGCUGUCGCUGGGCAACAUGGACUUUCAACUCCCUCCAAAGAUGUUCUAUGGGGUUGAGAUCUGGAGACUGGCUAGGCCACUCCAGGACCUUGAAAUGCUUCUUACGAAGCCACUCCUUCGUUGCCCGGGCGGUGUGUUUGGGAUCAUUGUCAUGCUGAAAGACCCAGCCACGUUUCAUCUUCAAUGCCCUUGCUGAUGGAAGGAGGUUUUCUCUCAAAAUCUCACAAUACCUGGCCCCAUUCAUUCUUUCCUUUACACGGAUCAGUCGUCCUGGUCCCUUUGCAGAAAAACAGCCCCAAAGCAUGAUGUUUCCACCCCCAUGCGUCACAGUAGGUAUGGUGUUCUUUGGAUGCAACUCAGCAUUCUUUGUCCUCCAAACACGACGAGUGUUUGUCCUUUGACACAGCUCUUUGGUCUUGGCCAUAGUGGAGUUUGGAGUGUGACUGUUUGAGGUUGUGGACAGGUGUCUUUUAUACUGAUAACAAGUUCAAACAGGUGCCAUUAAUACAGGUAACGAGUGGAGGACAGAGGAGCCUCUUAAAGAAGAAGUUACAGGUCUGUGAGAGCCAGAAAUCUUGCUUGUUUGUAGGUGACCAAAUAAUUAUUUUCCACCAUAAUUUGCAAAUAAAUUCAUUAAAAAUCCUACAAUGUGAUUUUCUGGAAAUUUUUUCCUCAAUUUGUCUGUCAUAGUUGACAUGUACCUAUGAUGAAAAUUACAGGCCUCUCAUCUUUUUAAGUGGGAGAACUUGCACAAUUGGUGGCUGACUAAAUACUUUUUUCCCCCACUGUAACUGUCACCAGCACAAAGCAGGAAGCACAGGACCCACCAGGAAGAACCUCUCUAUGCACAGACAGACAGACCUCUGGACUAAACUCCCUGUGACCCACAACACACCUGUUGGACUGAUGUGUCCCAAUGUUUUUGUUCUUCAGUCACUGCUCACAGGUUUCAGACAUUGUUCUUGUUUUGGGAAACCGCCUCAACCGCUCUUCCUCCCUCCCCUUUAGAACUGCCAACACCUCUAUUCAAUCCAAUUCAAUCCAACUGUAUUUACAGUGAGGGAAAAACGUAUUUGAUCCCCUGCUGAUUUUGUACGCUUGCCCACUGACAAAGAAAUUAUCAGCAUAUAUUUCAACAGUGAGAGACAGAAUAACAACAAAAAAAUCCAGAAAAAAAGCAUGUCAAAAAUGUUAUAAAUUGAUUUGCAUUUUAAUGAGGGAAAUAAGUAUUUGACCCCCUCUCAAUCAGAAAGAUUUCUGGCUCCCAGGUGUCUUUUAUACAGGUAACGAGCUGAGAUUAGGAGCACACUCUUAAAGGGAGUGCUCCUAAUCUCAGCUUGUUACCUGUAUAAAAGACAACUGUCCACAGAAGCAAUCAAUCAAUCAGAUUCUAAACUCUCCACCAUGGCCAAGACCAAAGAGCUCUCCAAGGAUGUCAGGGACAAGAUUGUAGACAUACACAAGGCUGGAAUGGGCUACAAGACCAUCGCCAAGCAGCUUGGUGAGAAGGUGACAACAGUUAGUGCGAUUAUUCGCAAAUGGAAGAAACACAAAAUAACUGUCAAUCUCCUUCGGCCUGGGGCUCCAUGCAAGAUCUCACCUCGUGGAGUUGCAAUGAUUAUGAGAACGGUGAAGAAUUAGCCCAGAACUACACGGGAGGAUCUUGUCAAUGAUCAAGGCAGCUGGGACCAUAGUCACCAAGAAAACAAUUGGUAACACACUACGCCGUGAAGGACUGAAAUCCUGCAGCGCCCGCAAGGUCCCCCUGCUCAAGAAAGCACAUAUACAGGGCCGUCUGAAGUUUGCCAAUGAACAUCUGAAUAAUUCAGAGGAGAACUGGGUGAAAGUGUUGUGGUCAGAUGAGACCAAAGUCGAGCUCUUUGGCAUCAACUCAACUCACCGUGUUUGGAAGAGGAGGAAUGCUGCCUAUGACCCCAAGAACACCAUCCCCACCGUCAAACAUGGAGGUGGAAACAUUUUUCUUUGGGGGUGUUUUUCUGCUAAGGGGACAGGACAACUUCACCGCAUCAAAGGGACGAUGGACGGGGCCAUGUACCGUCAAAUCUUGGGUGAGAACCUCCUUCCCUCAGCCAGGGCAUUGAAAAUGGGUUGUGGAUGGGUAUUCCAGCAUGACAAUGACCCAAAACACACAGCCAAGGCAACAAAGGAGUGGCUCAAGAAGAAGCACAUUAAGGUCCUGGAGUGGCCUAGCCAGUCUCCAGACCUUAAUCCCAUAGAAAAUGUGUGGAGGGAGCUGAAGGUUCGAGUUGCCAAACGUCAGCCUCGAAACCUUAAUGACUUGGAGAAGAUCUGCAAAGAGGAGUGGGACAAAAUCCCUCCUGAGAUGUGUGCAAACCUGGUGGCCAACUACAAGAAACGUCUGACCUCUGAUUGCCAACAAGGGUUUUUCCACCAAAUACUAAGUCAUGUUUUGCAGAGGGGUCAAAUACUUAUUUCCCUCAUUAAAAUGCAAAUCAAUUUAUAACAUUUUUGACAUGCAUUUUUCUGGAUUUUUUGUUGUUAUUCUGUCUCUCACUGUUCAAAUAAACCUACCAUUAAAAUUAUAGACUGAUCAUGUCUUUGUCAGUGGGCAAACGUACAAAAUCAGCAGGGGAUCAAAUACUUUUUUCCCUCACUGUAUCCCCUCUCCUCAUUCUGACGUGACAUCACGUCUGCUCAGGCUCAAGGUGACACAGUUCAGACAAACAGCAUAUCUACAUCCUGCCACCAGCUCCUCUCCCUCCUCUCCUUUCCCAUAAACACACCCAGCAGGAUGUAAACAUUUAUCAGGUGUACAAAUAGAAAUGUUCGCUGUGUUGACGGUACUGACAAUAUCCAGGUCAGACUUGUCUAUGGGCCUGGCAGUGAGUACAGUCAUAUUACAAACAGCCCUCUCUCUUUCUGUGAUGGUUGUGUUUAACUAGGGGUGUUUGAGUUCAUGCCUGGAGAAGCUUGUUUGUACAGUAAUUGCUUGGGUGAAUUCAGAUGUUUUUUUUAUAUACAUAUACAGGACUGCCAAGCCACAGGGGUGCCUGGGUAAGUGGGAACGAACGGACAACAUUUUGAACCUUUUUGAGAUGUACACAUACAGUACAUUAGGGCUAUUGUAUUCAGUCUGAUUGGUGCUAAACAUCUAAAGUUCACUAAUCUGUUCAUUAUGUCAUCAUUAGUGUAUAUUUCUUAAGUAUUUUAUAAGAAUUAUCAGUUGGCAUCGGAUCAGUAGCUAUUCUGUUCCUGCACCUAUUCUGUCAUUGGAAAUAGCUGGUAGUUAUUUCAUCAUAGCCACAUGGUACUGGUUAUCAGGCCUCAAUUGUUUCAUUCUGCUCAGUGAUGAUGUAGAUUCCUCUCCUCAGAUCUUGAGACAAAGCCCUAGUUUCUUCAGGAGAUGACACAGUGACAUUUGACUGUUUGAAAUGUUUGAUCAUGCGAAGGGAAACAACCAAGGGCUUGUUGUAUAAGAGAACAACCCCAUGCUGCUGUACAUAUCGUAGAUGUUAACAAAAAGUAUGUUUAUAUGAGCUCCCUUGUUUUGGGGAUGGCGAAACAAAUCAGUAUUAUCUACCUGUUGCAGUGUUUUCAUUUUGGAGAAAUUGUCAUUUGUUGUCAUUGGUGUUAUCUUAUUAAAAAGUUAUUGUUCCUCUUUGCGUCCAGUUGUAUUCUCCGCUUCAGAAAUACAUUAUAUCCUUAAGAAAUAUACUGCCCAUGAUUUCUCACACUUACUGACCGAUUGACUUUUAAAGCGCUUGGCCCCACAUUCACAUCUGCCAACUUAAACUUUUUCAUCCAGGUAUUGAGGCGUAAACCUUAGAAAUUAAGUUGCAACGACAGAUGGGGCCAAUUUAUACAAAGGGACAUUUCAAAAAGUCAACAAGAACUGGGUAACAGUCCUUUUUAAAAAAAAUUAACAGACAUCAUGAAAAUGUAACAAAAUUCAGUUCAUUAAAAAAGGAAAAUUAAAAAGUGGGGCGAAUAGACAAGAUUCCUCUCACAAAAUAACUUAAUGAUGAGGGGGAGGGUAAAUGGCAAAGGAGGUAUGUACUAAGAGCAACACAAGCAGAGAGAUUCUGAACCACAAAUGGAUCCAUUGCCUCUAAAUCCUAGGCACACCUGUACAUUUGAGCGGAUUGGAUACAUAAGCAUUAUGGUCAUAGCUUCAUCUUGCCUUCCAAUGGGCUGCAUGGAAAUGUCUGCAUAUUUUUCCACCAAUCCUCUCAGAUCUACAGGAGUGGCUAGGGGUCCAUUUACAAUUCAGCGAGAGAGAACAAAAGCAACGGAGAGAAUGCAAAGGUGAAGCACCAGCAAAAUAAUGAUAGUAGAGAUGGAGGGAGGGACAUGAUACAGCAGGGGUUAUUUACAGAGAGCGGAUGAGUGUGUGCCUUUGUCAUCAACACAUUAUAGUUUUACGUAGGUUUAGCAAAUGCAGCUGCUCAAAACGUUAAAGCAACAUUCCCCACAGAGUAGUGAGAGCCUGUCUGUAGUGUGUAGCUGUUUCAGACCUGGGUUCAAAUCAAUGAUGUACAUAAACCUUGGAUUGCUGAUGCUAUGCAUUGGCCGAUGAGAGGCUUUGAAGCCAUCGGUCGGCCAUAUUGGCACUCCUCAGAAAAGCAGUCCUCCAUAGGAAUGAAUGGAAUUCUACAGUAUUUCAUUUGAAUGUUUCAAGGACAAAAUAAAAUAAAAUAAAAUUUGUAGUGGGGCCAGUAACAUUACUACUUUCUUUUAAGGACAUUUACAUUUUAUUUAUAUUUUUUAUGUUUAGCUCACAUAAUUACAAAUUAUGCAUUUAGGUGUCCGUAAUAGAAUAAAUGUGGCAAAAACAAUUGUAGACUAAUAAAUGUAGAAAUGUUUUACAAUGGUGGAGGGGUGCCAAGAUGGAGGCGCGAUGGCUUCAAAACAGUGUCCCCUGUCAGUCAUCUAGUGUAUAUAUAAAUUAUUGAUUAAAAUACUUUUCGAAAUCUUUCAAAUACUUUGAGCAUUCGCUUUAGCCUGCCUAGAGUGCCUGAUGGGCAGGGUUUGCACUUGUGGGACUCUUCUAUUGGUUCCAUUGCAACAGGCAAGCUCAAUCAAGCAGUAUUUGAACACACGUCUGGUCUCCUGUGUGUAGCUCUCCUCUCAGGCCUCGCUCUCCCCGGCUGAAGCGUUCUGGACCUCCUCCUCCAGGAUAGGAACGAUCAGGUUGUCCUUGGACAUCAGGUUGUAUUUCAUCACGAAGCGUGUGAACCGAUGGCACAGGAAUGUCUCAUUCUGCAGGGAGGGACAUAGAAGGGAAACAAACAAGAGAAUUAGGCUCUGUCCAGAAACAACCCAUAGCACGUACCCCCUAGACACAGAGGUGAACCAAGAGAAGUAGAGUAUGAUAUGAGGUCUGAUUAACUAGUUUAUAGAAUGACUAACAGUUUUUAAAUAGCAACAUUAUAGCUUUGGUCUGCUUGGGGUCAUUACAUUGACUACUGAGCCGGGUUCAGUGGACCAUGAAGUGAACCUAAUCAUAUGCCCAUUGCCCAGUUCUAGUAAUAACCACAUAUCAGUUUUUCCCUACAGACCUGGGCCCUGUUUCCCAAAAGCAUCUUAAGGCUAAUUCUAACGAUGAACUUGGCCUUAAGAUGCUUUUGGGAAACCGGGCCCAGGUCUGUAGUGCCACCUGUUGGCUGAAUAUGGAACAACCACAAAAUGGAACAUGAUCAUGACUCAUUUGCCACAAAUAAAGCACAAUAACUAAUUAAUUAUCAUCAUGUCCUCCUCAACCUGGUGUACACUUCUGGAUAUGUGCAUUCCAUUUUCUCACUUAAACAAGCAGAAAAAAAGCAGUUUGUGUCCCUGUGACGCUAUAAUAUCAGUUUCAAUAAGAAUGAGGAACCCAAAUCCUGCUCCUCUGCCAGGUCUGUUUGGGAAGUGGGAACUUCCAACUACUACUUACCUCAUACUUGUCAAAUAUCUGGCGAUGGUGGAAAUAGGCAUGAGAGAAUAUCCUAUAGAUACGGCGACACACAGAGCCCAGCUUGGCUACAGAGGACUCCUUGAUGCUCACGCUGGGGAGAGAAGAUUGAAAGUGUAUGCGUAGGAAACCAAAGUAUUCCUUUACACAGUGUGUGUGUGUGUGUGUGUGUGUGUGUGUGUGUGUGCGCUCACCGGCUGGGGAAAUACUUGUUGCUGUUGAGAAGGCAGGCAGCUCCGUCCAGCGUGUGCCUAGUGUAGUCAAUGGCAGGACACUGUGGACAGAAACACACAGGCAAUUACAUACAUCUUAAAUAUAGUGCAUGGCAGGCUAAAUAGAAAUAUUAAAUCCUGAGUGAAUUUAAUUCUGAUUUUAGUAACACACCUCUUUGGGGGUCUUGUGUGCAGCACAUAGGAAGAUCCACUGCUCUGUGGCGGUCAUCUGGGUGCAGGUCUCUGGGUGGCACUCACUCUGCAGUUUCACAGCUAGUCCAUUCAGCUCCAGACAGAACUGCCUAUAUCAGAGAGAAAGAAGGGGUGGGUGGGGAAUGGGGAUAAGGAAAAAGAUAGAUGAGUGAGACUCAACACCAAAAUAAAUUACUGUAAUUGAUUUGGUAGACACACUCAGUGUAGAGUAAUCAGUCAAGUGUGUAGUUAGCAUACUGUCAAAGUAAUACGUCUAGUAAGUCAAGUGAAGGAAGGCAGUGUACCUGAGGUGCUCAUACUUCCACACUCCCUCGUCCUGUCCCUCUGGAGGCUCCAGGAUCUUAUCGAUGUUAGAGCAGUCUGACCGGAUGUUCUGCUGAAUGUACUGAACAGGGACAGGGGUACCACUGAGGUUAGUCAAACAUCCUGAUUCUGCUAACAUCCUUGUUAACCAACUAAAGUUCUGACAUGGGUGACAAUGAUCACACUAGAUAAGAUGCUUUGUAGGUUUAUAGGGCAGCAGCCAUCUUAAAAUAAGGAACAGCUCAUCAAUGUCAGGCUUGACACUUGACAGCUACGAACAGCAUUCUGCAAUCAUGACACUUUUGAUGCUAAUUUGAAGCUUAAAAUGGACUCCCCAGUCAUUCCCCACUGACUAACUCAACCACACCUGCUGCACAGCCAGCGUGCUGUCCAUCUCUUCAAAGGAUUCAUCCGGCCAGUUGUAGAAAUCCUGCAGCGAAAGAGGGAGGGACAAAGGGAUAACGUUAAUCAUAUUCAAGGAACUGUAUGUGUUCAAUGGACAAAAGUGUCACCUCUCAGCCUUUCAUGUUAUCUAGCCAUAGACAGCAUUGUUAACGUUAGUUAACGUUAGCUAGCAACAGCUGUAAUUGUUGACAUAAUAAUAAAAUAAUAUGCCAUUUAGCAGACGCUUUUAUCCAAAGCGACUUACAGUCAUGCGUGCAUACAUUUUUGUGUAUGGGUGGUCCCGGGGAUCGAACCCACUACCUUGGCGUUACAAGCGCCGUGCUCUACCAGCUGAGCUACAGAGGACCACAAGCUAACUGGUAACUGUCAGGACAUGCUAGCUAACUGGUAACUGUCAGCUAUUUUGACAUAGCUUGCUAGCUAGUUAACUGUUCAUGAACUGUAGUCUUCAGCACUGUAGUUAACUAGCUAUAAUAUUUUGCAUCAGCCAACUAUCAAGCCAAGUAAUUAUUUGUGUUGACUUUAUACUUAUAAAGUGCCCCAAAUUAGCUAGCUAUAUUGAACAAAACUGUAAACGCAACAUGCAACAAUUUCAAAGAUUUUACUGAGUUACAGUUCAUAUACGGAAAUCAUUCAUUACACCCUAAUCUAUGGAUUUCACAUGACGGGCAGGGGUGCAGCUGGGGAGCCAGGCCCAGCCAAUCAGAGAAUUUGUUUUUCCCCACAAACGCUUUAUUACAGACAGAAAUACCCCCCCACCCCACCCCACCCCCUCAGACGAUCCCACAGGUGAAGAAGCCGGAUAUGGAUUCCUGGGCUGGCGUGGUUACAAGUGGUCUGUGGUUGAGGCCAGUUGGACACGCUGCCAAAUUCUCUAAAACGACACUGGAGGCAGCUUAUGUUAGAGAAAUUAACAUUAAAUUCUCUGGCAACAGCUCUGGUGGACAUUCCUGCAGUCAGCAUGCCAAUUGCACGCUCCCUCAAAACUUGAGACAUCUGUGGCAUUGUGUUGUGUGACAAAACUGCAUAUUUUAAAGUGGCCUUUUAUUGUCCCCAGCACAAGGUGCUCCUGUGUAAUGAUCAUGCUGUUUAAUCAGCUUCUUGAUAUGCCACACCUGUCAGGUGAAUGGAAUAUCUUGGCAAAGGAGAAAUGCUUACUAACAGACAUGUAAACAAAUUUGUGCACAACAUUUUAGAGAAAUAAGCUUUCUGGGAUUUUAUAUUUCAGCUCAUGAAACAUGAGACCAACACUUUACAUGUUGCGUUAACAUUUUUGUUCAGUGUAAUUUAAGGUUACCAAUACCAAAUGUAAACUAGGUUGACUACUAAAUUAGCUUGCCAAAAGAUACCAACCCUACCGUUACGCUUGUUUACGCUGAGCUGCACUGGGGUUGGAACUCAAUCAUUGUUACAUUAAGACACCAUGGAGCUGGCGCGAGAUAUGGGUCGGAAAACGUACCUCAAUGCUGGGAUGGGAUAUGCCACUGUACUCCAAAUUGUACCUUUAUCCAUACUGCUCAACCAAGAAGAUUGAAAUUCUACCAGUUUUCAUGGAAACCUGCCAUUUUCAACCCCAUGCUAGUUAACAUUUCAUAAUCAGCCAUUAUGGAAUGCCACUUCGUGUUUUUUUUGUUUUUUGUUAUUUUAUUAACAACAAUUACAACACAAUAUACAAACAUACUGUAUAUAUAUAUAUAUAUUUAUAUAUACACACACACACACACACACACACACACACACAGUGGGGGGAAAAAAGUAUUUAGUCAGCCACCAAUUGUGCAAGUUCUCCCACUUAAAAAGAUGAGAGAGGCCUGUAAUUUUCAUCAUAGGUACACGUCAACUAUGACAGACAAAAUGAGAAAAAAAAAUCCAGAAAAUCACAUUGUAGGAUUUUUUAUGAAUUUAUUUGCAAAUUAUGGUGGGAAAUAAGUAUUUGGUCAAUAACAUCAAAAAUAAGUAUUUGGUCAAUAAAAAAUAAGUAUUUGGUCAAUUCUUACGAAGCCACUCCUUCGUUGCCCGUGCGGUGUGUUUGGGAUCAUUGUCAUGCUGAAAGACCCAGCCACGUUUCAUCUUCAAUGCCCUUGCUGAUGGAAGGAGGUUUUCACUCAAAAUCUCACGAUACAUGGCCCCAUUCAUUCUUUCCUUUACACGGAUCAGUCGUCCUGGUCCCUUUGCAGAAAAACAGCCCCAAAGCAUGAUGUUUCCACCCCCAUGCUUCACAGUAGGUAUGGUGUUCUUUGGAUGCAACUCAGCAUUCUUUGUCCUCCAAACACGACGAGUUGAGUUUUUACCAAAAAGUUCUAUUUUGGUUUCAUCUGACCAUAUGACAUUCUCCCAAUCCUCUUCUGGAUCAUCCAAAUGAACUCUAGCAAACUUCAGACGGGCCUGGACAUGAACUGGCUUAAGCAGGGGGACACGUCUGGCACUGCAGGAUUUGAGUCCCUGGCGGCGUAGUGUGUUACUGAUGGUAGGCUUUGUUACUUUGGUCCCAGCUCUCUGCAGGUCAUUCACUAGGUCCCCCCGUGUGGUUCUGGGAUUCUUGCUCACCGUUCUUGUGAUCAUUUUGACCCCACGGGGUGAGAUCUUGCGUGGAGCCCCAGAUCGAGGGAGAUUAUCAGUGGUCUUGUAUGUCUUCCAUUUCCUAAUAAUUGCUCCCACAGUUGAUUUCUUCAAACCAAGCUGCUUACCUAUUGCAGAUUCAGUCUUCCCAGCCUGGUGCAGGUCUACAAUUUUGUUUCUGGUGUCCUUUGACAGCUCUUUGGUCUUGGCCAUAGUGGAGUUUGGAGUGUGACUGUUUGAGGUUGUGGACAGGUGUCUUUUAUACUGAUAAGUUCAAACAGGUGCCAUUAAUACGGGUAACGAGUGGAGGACAGAGGAGCCUCUUAAAGAAGAAGUUACAGGUCUGUGAGAGCCAGAAAUCUCAUAUUUUUAAGUGGGAGAACUUGCACAAUUGGUGGCUGACUAAAUACUUUUUUUCCCCACUGUAUAUAUAUAUUUUUUUAAUCUACCAAUUAACACAGAAACUUUAUACACAGGUAUACACAUUUUUUUCUUUAAAUAGACAAGGCUUCACAGGCAUUUAGGGUCCGUUUUGCUAUACAUAUUUUUAGAUUACGCAGCAUUUUCAAAAUACAAAUACAAUUUAUAUUUUACAAAUUGUGGCUUUUCUUUUGCCCACUUGCAUUGAUGUAUAUAAUAUUUACCAUACAUAAUGAAGAGAUUCAUUAUAUAUACACACUUUGUUCUGAUCUAAAGCCUUAUCAUGAAACAAAAGUAAAACAUAUUUACCAUCAAGACAAACCCUAGCACCAGUUGAUCUAAAAAAUACAUAAUUAUUAGCGCACUUUUUAUCUUUGAUGCAUACACCAUCUAAUAAGACGCUGAAACUGAAUUCCACAUUCCUCUCAAGAACAUAAUUUCCAUGUAAAAGUCUUAUAAGGCCUGUAAGUAUUGCAUAAAAAACAAAUGGCAUUCUCCUUCACCAUCACUGGAAAUCCAUAUCUAUUCAAAAACUCGACAUAACUAUACAGUUGUCCAUUUCCAAUAAAUAAUUGUGCCACUAACAAAAUACCGUUCUCAAACCAUCUAUGGAAAAAUGAAGAUUUAUUCUUAUAUUUUAUGUCUUUGAUAUUCCAAAUCAAACAUCUAUGAGGGGAGAAGUUAUGUUUAUAUACAAUUAACCAGGAUAGUAACACUUGAUUAUGGAAAUUGGCUAAUUUAAAGGGGAAUUUUUAUUAGCUCAAAUUGGAUGUAAUUCUUCAUCCAUCUAGUCUUAAAGAUAAUAUUGGAUAUACCAAAAUUCAAGCACAUUUAAACCACCAUGAUCUAGAGUAUUACAUAAUACACUCUUUUAAAAUCAUGUGGUUUAUUCCUCCAAACAAAAUUAAAAAGUUUAAAGUCUACUUCUUUACUUGUUGCUUGGGGAACAUCCAAUGCUAUUGCAGUAUAUAAUAGUCUUGAUUCUUCUUCAGUUUUUCACAACAAUAUGCGACCAUUUAACCCUUAACAACCAAGCAUCAAACCUGAACUUUCUCAGUGAUGGGAUUACAAUUUUAAUUAGUCCUUUGUUUGGUUUUUACAUACAGUACCAGUCAAAAGUUUGGACACACCUACUCAUUCAAGGGUUUUUCUUUAUUUUUACUAUUUUCUACAUUGUAGAAUAAUAGUGAAGACAUCAAAACUAUGAAACAACACAUAUUGAAUCAUGUAGUAAGCAAAGAAGUGUUAAACAAAUCAAAAUAUAUUUUAGAUUCUUCAAGGUAGCCACCCUUUGCCUUGAUGACAGCUUUGCACACUCUUGGCAUUCUCUCAACCGGCUUCAUGAGGUAGUCACCUGGAAUGCAUUUCAAUUAAUAGGUGUGCCUUGUUAAAAGUUAAUUUGUGGAAUUUCUUUCCUUCUUAAUGUGUUUGAGGCAAUCAGUUGUAUUGUGACAUGGUAGGGGUGGUAUACAGAAGAUAGCCCUAUUUGGUAAAAGACCAAGUCCAUAUUAUGGCAAGAACAGCUCAAAUAAGCAAAGAGAAACGACAGUCCAUCAUUACUUUAAGUCAUGAAGGUCAGCCAAUCCGGAAAAUUUCAAGUGCAGUCACAAAAACCAUGAAGCACUAUGAUGAAACUGGCUCUCAUGAGGAUCGCCACAGGAAAGGAAGACCCAGAGUUACCUCUACUGCAGAGGAUAAGUUCAUUAGGAGUUACCAGCCUCAGAAAUUUCAGCCCAAAUAAAUGCUUCACAGUUCAAGUAACAGACACAUCUCAACAUCAACUGUUCAGAGGAGACUGUGAAUCAGGCCUUCAUGGUCGAAUUGCUGCAAAGAAACCACUACUAAAGGACACCAAUAAGAAGAAGAGACCUGCUUGGGCCAAGAAACACAAGCAAUGGACAUUAGACCGGUUGAAAUCUGUCCUUUGGUCUGAUGAGUCCAAAUCUGAGAUUUUUGGUUCCAACCACCGUGUCUUUGUGAGACGCAGAGUAGGUGAACGGAUGAUCUUUGCAUGUGUGGUUCACAUCGUGAAACAUGGAGGAGGUGUGAUGGUGCUUUGCUGGUGACACAGUCUGUGAUUUAUUUAGAAUUCAAGGCACACUUAACCAGCAUGGCUAACACAGCAUUCUGCUGCGAUACGCCAUCCCAUCUGGUUUGGGCUUAGUGGGACUAUCAUUUGUUUUUCAACAGGACAAUGAUCCAACACACCUCCAGGCUGCGUAAGGGCUAUUUGACCAAGAAGGAGCGUAAUGGUGUGCUGCAUCAGAUUCAAUGGCCUCCACAAUCACCCGGCCUCAACCCAAUUGAGAUGGUUUGGGAUGAGUUGGACCGCAAAGUGAAGGAAAAGCAGCCAACAAGUGCUCAGCACAUGUGGGAACUCCUUCAAGACUGUUGGAAAAGCAUUCCAGGUGAAGCUGGUCGAGAGAAUGCCAAGAGUGUGCAAAGCUGUCAUCAAGGCAAAGGGUGGCUACUUUGAAGAAUCUCAAAUAUAAAAUAUAUUUUGAUUUAUUUAACACUUUUUUGGCUACUACAUGAUUUGAUUAGUGUUAUUUCAUAGUUUUGAUGUCUUCACUAUUAUUCUUCAAGAUAGAAAAUAGUCUAAAUUAAGAAAAAAUAUUUCGUGUUUUUCUCGCCUUCUUCCAUCCACUUUGUUCUUGAUCUCACAAAGGCUCAUUUUUCUUUGUCCUCAUAUAUUCUGUCCAAAUCUAAUUGUAGUUUGACUCAAGUCCUCUUGUCCAUAAUGGUAACAAUGUCUUUGAUUAUAUACUUUUGGUCUUAGCAACCUCCUUUCCUCUUUUAAUGGCCAACCUUCUGAUCUUGUACUUCAUGAAUUCCCAGUAUGCACCAUAUAACUUCAAUAAGUUUGCCUUAUUCUAGCAUUCAGUUAUAAUAGAUUUAGCUGCAUUCUUGAACUGUUCAUCAGCCAGAAGUGUUUUGUUAAAUUUCCGGUAAUUGUUGUUAUUUUUCUGCCCAUCUGUGAGUUUGAUUGAAAGAAAAAUGGCUUUAUGGUCAGUGAGAACAGAGGUUUCAAUAGAAACACCUACUCUGGAUAUGAACCAAAAAUCGAUUCUUGAUUGCUUGGACAUAUCUUUACAACACAAUGUAGAUUGUUUUUUAUAAGGGUUUUUAUAUCUCUAUAUAUCAAAACCAUCAAAUCCCAAACAUAAAUUAAACUCGGAGGGAUUAUUCAUUCUUGUAGCUCAUAGAGAUAAGCAAUCCCAUUGAGGAGCGCCAAUCGAAUUCCAAUUCCCUCCUAAAUUCAGUCUGGCAUCCACAAAUGUAUCUAAAAGUAAACAAAUUUCCUGCUCGAAAUCUUGAAAUAGGUCUUUUUUUUUUUUUUACUGUUAUUUGUAGCAUAAAUGUUUCCCAAGGCACAUCUAUAACAAAAAUUAACCAUCUUCCAGAAUGAUGAGCCUUACUCGACUACUUUACCUUUAAACUUCCCUUUCAAAAUUGCCAAGCCAGCAGAAUGGUUACUUCCAUAAUUGCACUUCGUGUUGAACAACAAAGGAGCAAAAUUGGCUGGCACUGCCAUUCCAAAAUGUCUGCAGUGGCUACUGUUAGCUAACAUGAGGACAAAAAGGGCAGUUUUCCCUGAAAAAUAGCAGUAUUUCAAUCUUCUCGAUGUAUCAGUGUGGAUAAAUGUACAAUUUGGAGUACAGUGGCAUAUCCCAUCUCUGCAUUGAUGUACAUUUCCCCACCCAUAUCUUGCACCAGCUCCAUGGUGUGCCCAUGAUUGCGUUCCAACUCCAGUGCAGCUCAGUCGUAAACAAGCAUAACGGUAGGGUCGGUAUCUUCUGGCAACUAAGUUAGCUAACAUCAGUUAGCUACUAGUUACUAGCUAACUAUCAAAAGUAAAAAGUGGUUCUCUGAUAGUAUUCAUAUUGGCAUUUUUGUAAGUCUAGUUUGCCAACUAACUAACUAGACAAGUCUCUAAAUCUCUGCUGUGCAACGUUUUUAGCAAGCUACUACUAGCUUGCAGCCCCGACCCUCCUGUGUUUUUUUCGGAAGACAUCUCCGAGCAAAUUGCAGACAAACGACUCAAAAAGCCAUCACCGAAAUUAAAUCCACGGUUGAGGCGAGGCAAGGCCGCAAUAAUCACCGAUGGCCUCUUUACCAAAUUCAAUCGUAUUCCGAUUUAUAGAAACAUACCUUCGCCUUUGUUCCAGGCCUAUUCCUCCUCAGAACUGCAGUACCCUCCGCCA